ACUCCCUGGGACCGCUCAGUGUCCGCACUGUGUUCUUGGGGUGCCACGUGGCCCCCUCCACAGAAUCCCUGGACUGCAUCCUCCUGUCCAGGGUUUCAGAUGCACCCACACUUGCUGCCUUCUCCCUAACCUGGAUUCCCUCCACUAUACCUGCAGAGACGCGCUGUGACCAAGACGGGCCUUCCCCGACCACAGCGCCGCCCGCACCACCCAGCCCCUCACCCUCACCCGUGCCCGAGAGCCCCUCUGUGGACAAGUACAAUGUGAGUGGCACCAACGGGACCUGCCUGCUGGCCAGCAUGGGGCUGCAGCUGAACCUCACCUACGAGAGGAAGGACAACACGACGGUGACAAAGCUUCUCAACAUCAACCCCAACAAGACUUCAGCCAGCGGGAGCUGCGGCGCCCAGCUGGUGACCCUGGAGCUGCGCAGCGAGGGUGCCACGGUCCUGCUGUUCCAGUUCGGGAUGAAUGCAAGUUCUAGCCGGUUUUUCCUACAAGGAAUCCAGUUGAAUACAACUCUUCCUGAUGCCAGAGACCCCACCUUUAAAGCUGCCAACAACUCCCUGAGAGCACUGCAGGCCACAGUCGGCAAUUCCUACAAGUGCAACGCCGAGGAGCACGUCCGUGUCACGAAGGCGUUUUCCGUCAACAUAUUCAAAGUCUGGGUCCAGGCUUUCAAGGUGGAAGGUGGCCAGUUUGGCUCAGUGGAGGAGUGUCUGCUGGACGAGAACAACAUGCUGAUCCCCAUCGCUGUGGGCGGCGCCUUGGCGGGGCUGGUCCUCAUCGUCCUCAUCGCCUACCUCGUUGGCAGGAAGAGGAGUCACGCCGGCUACCAGACCAUCUAGCCUGGCGCAGGCACAGCGGCUGCGGGCCUCAGUCCUUUCCCUGGCACAGGGUCCCGUCGAGGGAGGCACACUUUCUGGCAACGUUUCUCAAAUCUGCUUCAUUCAAUGUGAAGUUCAUCUUGCAGCAUUUACUAUGCACAACAGAGUAACUAU